GAGAAGAUCGCUGACCUCAAGAUCGUGCCUGUAAAGGUAUCUUCCGAGCAGCCAGAAUCCACUAGCGGUCCUUAUGAGACAGUAUCGCCUCGCGAGUGCUUCCUGAAGUCGAAAUCAUACCCCGGAGACCACUUCUACCAGCGGCUAUUCAAAUUUGUCGACUUUAAGCCCAGUGCCAAUGCUUUUUUAAAAGCUUGCGGUGUCAAGGAACGCCCAGAAUGCAUCGACGUCCUCAAAGCCCUCCUGAAAUCUCCAAAAAUGUUCCUUGAAUUGGCCGGGGAGGAGAGAUACUUGGCCGAGCUGCGUCUGAUCGCGGUGGGUCAUAAAUCCCUUCCUGCAAAGACCCAGAAAGAAAUGCGCCAUGCCCAAAUUUUCUUGGGGUAUCGACGAGGCAAGAGCACUCACGGGUAUAGCCACGAGGCAGACGUGUUUGAACUUCGCAAUGCCGAAGAGGUGUUAGUCGCCGACGACAUGGAAAGUCGUCGCACUUUUGGUGAUUGUAUUGACAUCGCUCCUCAGGAGGAGUUGCUAGAAAAGUUCUACUCGGAAAUGGGCGUCAAGUCGUUGAGCUCAUGCAUCGAAUACACUGUGGAUCCGGACGGGGAGCUUUUGAAUGCACCGGAGGCCGAGACCCUUCGAUCUUCUAUCAUUGAAAAGAUACCAAUUUUCCUCCACGAGUUUGACGAACAGCGCUUUAAAAUUGGGAUGCGCCUUCUACGGUGGCGUGACGAGAAACAAUUCUUUGUGCGAGCUUGUCGAAAACUUGACGUCACGAAGAGAUUGAAAUCCUCGCAUGUGACUGGAACUCGUGGACGGGAAGAGCACCCCACCGAACUCUCUGCCGAGACCCAACAAUUGGAGGACGGCGUAAAUGUGCUGUGGAUCAAGGAGCAGCCCAAGGCUGACAGUUAUGACAUCGCAGCAGCACUGUGCCGUCUGCUGUUCCUUACGUAUAAAAAGAACGAUGUGUUGUCCCUUAUGACUAUCUUGGACACAGACAUCAAGGUUCUCGAGCGCCGCGGUUAUGAUGUUGACAGAAUCCUCUUGGAGUAUCAUAAGAAAGCUGAACAGGAAGGAGACGUUGCCAACAAGAUGCCACCUCCCCAAUCUCAGUCUCCAGCUGCUCCUCCGGGAGAGGAGCCGCCCAGUUCUAAACCGGUGAUCUUGAGCAAAUUCACGAAGUUGUUCCAUAGGCUUCAUAAAGAUCCCAAGUUAGGCGAGAUCAAGCCCAGUGAAAUUGAGAACUCCAUCGAGAAGGUGAAGGAUGUCAUGAAGGAAGAAGGCGGCAAGGACGACAAGCACAUCAGCAAUCGAGAGCAGGUUGGGGGAGGAAAAAAGCAGAAAAAUGUCGGGUACUGCGAUGAAAAGAAGGUUUCGGAGACAGACCUCGAAGAAUGCGAGGGCCAACACGUCGGGCAGGUCAAAGUCUGGAAGCGAAAGGGGACAGCCUUGGGUGUUAACUCAAGGGAACGCGAGGCCUUCGGGAAGAUUAUCAGUGACCUUGCAAAAGUCUUUGAAGUCAACCAGACACGAUGCCAUAUAUUUUUUCACGGCGAGGACCCAAAUCUCAUGGGUUUUAACCGCAAUGAUCAGAUAUUUUUCGGUCUAGAACAUCAUAUCGAGAAACAUAAAGAUGCCCCCGUUGGAAAGGCCUAUAUCGAUUGGUACUAUAUCAUGGCGCACGAGAUGGCGCAUGUGCAAACCCCAUACCACGAUGAGCAUCAUGAGCUGCUGUUUCAAGCGCUGGCGACGAAACACCUGACUGAGCUCCAUAAUUUGCCAGCUGUACGAGAGAUGUUCAAGUGCGCUUCUCCUUGAUUACAUUAUUAUCUUUCUGGUGGGGAUAAUUUAUUGUUUCUGUGCACUACAUGAUGUUGCGAAGGUUCAUGUUCAUCAAAAGACUCAUUUUCAUCUUCUCCCGUAGUCACUAGUCAAACCUUUAAAGGACGACAGGCGUUCCUUGUGUCAUAAUUGUUCAACUGCGUUACCAUUAAUGUAAAUAACUUGCGUGCUCGAGCUCCAGUCUCCCCAAGCCAGAUCUUGAAAUAAGGACCACACCCGCAUUUGCGCCUCCUUUGCACCACCUGGUAAUGCGAAUCAAUAGUUAGCUGAGUUUAGGGCAGGUUCAGGCGUGAUAGUACUUCCGGUGUU